AUGUUACUAACUAGGUUUACCAUCGCUAUCUCAAAGCCCCCCCGACAGGCCGACGGAAACCGUCCAGUGGGGCACAUGCGUCGUCUCGUCCGCCUUUCUCGGCCGGUUGGUGCGUUCGCAUUGAAGACCGGCAACGCAUCCAAUACCGGGGAGAAUCAGCUUACUGGCCUAUUCUGUGUCCCAUCCGUCUGA